CUUUGUUAAUUCGCCUGCGCUGCUUCUAUGCUAGAUGGCCUGAAUUAAUGUAGGAUAUUUAUAUUAUUGACCACAUAAUUAUCAAAAUUAUGAUUAUAUGUAAUGGCUGACGAGGUUGUGCUUUCUAUUGUCCGCCAAUAUUUCAACAGUUCUAUUUGCCGACGACGAAGGGUUAAAGAGGCGCAGUCGCCACCACUGGUAAGCAGAAGUCAUCAAUGUUGAGCGCACAGACCACUCUCCUCUAGAGCGAUCAGCACUCAACGAACUAUUACGGACGUUACCCUACGUUUUCUUCAACUAGACUACUGAUUUCUCUCUGUUGCUUCCAUCGGGUGCACGGAAACUGGGAAGAAUAAGGCCAGGAGGAGAGAAAAAAGGACGCAACUAUGGCAAAACCAAGGUUCCUUGGCAGGCUGACCGACUCCCCCUCCCCAGAGUCUGCAAUGACAAAUGACAAGAAGUAACCUGUCGUCUUGCAAUUCACCUGAGAGGAUAUCAUUUUUGACAGUUCAAGGGACGUAAACAAACACGGGGUCCUCUCCUUGGAACCUGGAAACUGUCUCGCGAUCCCCCCCCAAAUAAAGUGGACGCUAAUUUCCAGAACGCUACUUUUCACUUAAAGGACUGUCCACUUGGUCCAUCUCAUGAAGUUACAAAAACGUAGGUCGGGGAUUACAGUAUUUAUUAUUCUAUGACGAGGACACAGUGAAUGUCGUCCGUUUUGUCGGGACUCAUCGACGUAGAGGUCAGCAUCGGCGACAGAAAGUCCAAUAACUCCAGUGGGAUAGCGUUCAGCAAAGAUGCCAGUCCGAAGGGGUCACGUGGCACCACAGAAUACUUUUCUCGAUACCAUCAUUAGGAAAUUCGAUAGUCAAAGUCGUAAGUUCAUCAUUGCCAAUGCCCGGGUGGAGAACUGCGCCAUCAUAUUCUGCAACGAUGGCUUCUGUGCCAUGUGCGGCUACUCGCGGGCUGAGAUCAUGCAGAAGCCCUGCACCUGCAACUUCCUGUACGGUCCUCACACCAAGCGGCUGGCCAUCGCCCAGUUGGCUCAAGCACUGCUGGGCUCGGAGGAGAGGAAAGUGGAGAUCAACCUCUACAGGAAGGACGGUGUGUGUUUCCUGUGUCUGGUGGAUGUGGUGCCGGUGAAGAACGAAGAUGGCCUGGUGAUCAUGUUCAUCCUCAACUUCCAGGUCAUUUCAGACGACAAAGAGCCCAACCAGGACCUCAACCACAAGCUUCCCCCCUGGCUCCCCACAGGCCGGCCGCGUGGCUUCAAGCUCCGUCUGCCCUCACUUCGUUCCCUCAGCAACAGCAAAGCCUCUCUGGACGACCCAGAGACAGGGCGCCUCCCAGCCCCUGGCUACCCCAGCCACGAGUCCCUGGCUCUGGGAGAGCUGCUCUCCCUGCCCACAUUACCUCCGGGGCACAAGAGCUCCAGUAGCGCAGGCAGCAGGAGCAGGCCGGCCCUCCUGUGGCCCGAGGACCAGCGUGGCCUGCUGGGCUCAGAGCCUUCACCGUCCACCGCCCCCUCCUCGCUGCCCCCCGGCCAGUCGCCAUCCCGCAUCGCCCUCCAGACGCUCAACCCAGACGUCUCUCUGUCCAACUGCAGUCUGUCACACAGUCGCUCCCGCGAGAGCUUCUACAGCAUGCGGCGGGCGUCGUCAGUGGAUGACAUCGAGGCCAUGCGGCCGGCGUCAGACCGGAAAUACAGCUCAGCCCAUCCCAUCCACAGCAGCACAGGGGCGGUGAACAACAAGUCCAACAUCCUCAACUCCACGUCUGACUCGGACCUCAUGCGUUACCGCACCAUCAGUAAAAUCCCUCAGAUCACCCUGAACUUCGUGGACUUCAGGGCGGACCCCCUGAUCACGCUGCCCGCGGGGGACAUGGACAUCAUAGCCCCCUGCAAGCUCAUCGACCGUACACACCACGUCACCGAUAAAGUCACCCAGGUACGAGGGCCGUCCAUGUGUGUGUGUUCAGUGUGUGUAGUAAGCCAAGUGUGUGUGGGGGGUGGUGCGUGAGGUAAGGUGUGCUUAUGGACUGCUGGGGUUCUCUUCAUGUCCCCUGUCUGGGUUUAUACUGUGUGUGUUUGCUGAAGCCUGGCAUGCAUCACCCAGGUGGUAGCGUCUCAUUGGUGGGGGAUGGGGUGAGUUACCCCACAAACGCUGGUUUGUAGACCUAGUGAAAACGCUUGGCAAAUACAAUACUAGUGGAUUGGUGGUUAAGAUCUUUGUUUCCUGCCCUGAGUGGAAACCUGGUGUGGAGGCUUGCUGUUGGCUAUAUUGGUGUCUUCAGUGAUCUUUGUCUGCGGUGAGCCAGGGUGUGGCUAAGGCCUCAGCGCUAGCUAGCUUGAUUGAAUGAGAAGAG